AUGGCGGACCUGGGCCGGCAGUUGCAGGAGUACCUCGCGCAGUCAAAGGCGGCCGCCGCCCCAACCGCGGCGGACCCCUGGCUGCCGGGGCUGUCGCGCUGGCAGCGGCUGGCGGGCAGCGGGCUGUGCCUGCUGCUGGCCGCCUUCUGCUUCGGGCUGGCCGCCUUGUACGCGCCGCUGCUGCUGCUCCGCGCCCGCAAGUUCGCCCUGCUCUGGUCCCUGGGCUCCCUCUGCGGCCUGGCCGCCGCCGCCCUGCUGCGGGGGCCCGCCCGCCUCCUGCGGGAACCCGGCGGCGGCACCAUUCUCUACCUCGGCGCCCUAGCCGGCACCCUGUACGCCGCCCUGGGGCUGCGCAGCACCUUCCUGACGGUGCUGGGCGCCGUCGCCCAGAUGGUCGCUGCCGCCGUCGCCCUCCUGGCCGCCCUGCCCGGGGGAACCGCCGGCCUGCGCCGCCUGGGCGGCCUCCUCAGCGCCGUGCUGCGCCGCCGCGGGAAAACCCUGCCGGUGUGACACCCCCUACGCCGCCACCCAGGCGGGGACACCGGCCGCAGCCCGGCGGGGCGAAGGGACUGAGAGACUGCGGCUGGCCCCCGGGCACGAAGACACCUCUCCGCCAUGGGGAUGGCGCCGUCUCCCGCCACUUCUCUUCCUUCGCCUUCCUGCUGGGUUCUCCCCUCGCCGAUUCCCGAGGAAGAGGAGCCGCGGCUGGCACCCGGGAGCGGCAGCAGUGACUCUCUGAGCUCGUUCGGCUGCGGUGGCGGUGCCAGCCUGCCCAGCCCUCCCCGAGCGCGGGAUUUUGCCUUAUUGCAAAGUCAGCCCGAUAGCCAUGGUCCGGAGUCGCUCCGGCUGGGAGCUGGCAGCAUCCCACUUCCCUACCUCCAGUAUAGGACCAUGGGGCUGCUGCAGCCUACUUCGAAACGUGAGUGAGAUUGCGGAGCCCAUGAAAUGUAAUUAUUGACUUGCCUGUUAACAACGUGAACAGCAAGUGUCUUAACAGCUGAGGUGCGUAGGGCUGAGGGAUGGUGAAACACGGAGACAACGUAGUGAAAUCUGGUCAGGUGUGGGGGGGAAGGUUCAAAAAUAGUUAACUCAUCUUUGUGCCGACCCCUCUGCUCUGACACAUACUUUAGUCGCUGUACGGUGCAGUCAUCAGCCACCUCAGACUGCUGGUGAAUAUGAAUACUGUGUCCACUGAACUGCGUUUCUCUCUAAAAACCAUCUUUAAAACACCAGCCAGUAAGUGAAACCAACUUUCCUGGGGCUGUGGGUCACAAGGACUACUUGUAUCUGUAAGAGUAGUCUUCUUGCAUGGUGAUGAUAGGAUGGAAGGUGCUAAUCUUAGUGAAGAGCCUUUGCAGGUAUUGCUGCCUUACGGCUGCUGUAACGUAGCAAAUACUUGGGCUUUAAAAGGGAGCUUCAGCUUUUAGAACUUUAUUUUUAAUAUAUAUAUAUUUUUGCUCUCUCAAGUUGGGCAGGAAUUGCUGACUCGUCACAGCACGACCUUCAAAAAUAGAUUUGUUAGUAAUUAGAGCCUGUUUCAGCCAGUGCAGCUCUGUUUCAGUGCAGAAACGAAGCAGCUGUAGGAAGAUGCUGAAUUCAGGCUGGCAGUCCCUGCCGAGAGCCUGGUGCUUCAGGCUGGGCUGUGUACUGCACUACGGCACACAAAAGGGACCACCAGGCCUAACUGGCUCAGAGCCUAAGUGAGGAUCUCACUGAAUAUAGGUGCCUCUUACAAAAUAAAGCCAAACACUGCAAUAUUUAUCUGCUGUCACGACCUAGGGUUUAGCGUAUUCAUCUAAUACUUGCUCCGGAUUAAACUGAAAUUGUUAAAUAAAUGGGGGUACUUAAAUGUACAUAGAUUGUUUUAAUAAAACUAUUUGUCUACCAAA